AACAAAGUAAAUAGCAGCUGUUCCAGAUCAUUUUGUAUUAACGGGACAUUCGCCGACGACGUGACUGCGACGAAGGUUCCGAGAAAACUCCAAGACGCUCCGAGACGCGAAGACACAAGAGAGAAAAAAAUGAAUCGUGAAGACCACUGAUGACGUCACACGGUCCCUUCCACGCGCCCAAUGCAUCCAGGCGAUGCAUUACAUUCCUGUAACAGACGAAAAUCAAAGUAGCAAAAAUUCGGCGCGGCGAAACUGAAACUGAUCCGCAUCCGGUUGCACACCGCCGACAUCCGGUACACGCGCAAGGCUCCCGAGCGCGUGCCGCCGGUCCUGUGGGAUAGCCAGCGCUCGGACGGGAGCAGCGGAACAGCGAGCGAUAUCGGAGUCGGUCGCAGUCAAUUCGUGCGGUGGUUCCUGUGGUGGUAUGGCGGACGCGAGUUCGCCGUGCGGAGCAGUGCGGAGGCAACGCGGUGCGUACACGUCGCGAUAAAGUGUCGCACGCGCGUAUGAUCGAGUGACGCGCGACGUGCGGGUGCACAAGGUUCGCUUACGCGCAAACACCGCGAGUGACUCUCCGUGCGUGUCCCGUGCGUUCACCAUCUAUACCUCCAUUCUCUCUCGCCGCGUCUCUCCGUGUGUGUUUGGGUCUCUCCCUGUUUCGUGCAGGGGAGUAGAGACACGCACCGCGAGACAGCCGAACUGGUACUUGUUCGCGGAGCGAGCCCACGACGAGGCGCCGCUCCGCCACCGGAUCGCACCGAGUAUCGUCGGCCGCGACAAUAACGAGAGCUGACGCGAUGACUUCCGUCCCGGUGUCCCGAAGCGCUGACCCUUCCUUGGUUCGAGAGGUGCACGGCUUGGAAUUGUCGGUAUCAGCUUGACGAAUGAUACCCUGGAAUCUAAUGCAUGAAGUAUCUGCAAAAUUAUAAAUGUGCCUUCAAUGCCCUGACCAUUGAACGAAGAAGUAUCAAAAUGAAUAGGGCAGACAGCGCGGAUGCUGGUAAAGGCUGGCACGAAUGUGCCAGCUGGUUGACCAGAUGCGGCGCGUUACGCGCGGAUCACAAGGCCAACUGGCCGCAGGCAACUGCCUUCGACCUGGCCUACACGUUGCGGGACGGUGUGUUGCUGUGCAAUCUGCUGAACAUUGUGGAUUCGGGAUGCAUAGACAUGAAAGACGUGAACCAGAAGCCGCAGAUGGCGCAGUUCCUCUGCCUGCGUAAUAUAAAAAUAUUCCUGUCGGCGUGUUCAAGUGUUUUCGGCCUCUCUGAUUCGGAUCUAUUCGAGCCGGGUAUGCUGUUCGACCUGUCAAACUUCCAUCGCGUCCUCUGCACACUUUCCGCCUUGUCCAAUUGUUCACGACUGAGGAGAAAGGGCAUACCUGGAUUUUCCGUCGGUCAUGGAAGAUCGCAAGAGGAUAUUUAUAAGGAUUUACAAAGUGCCGGUGCAGGCCGCGAAGAUGAGGGUCGCCGCAGGAGGUUUAGGAGACGAGAGGGCGACGAGACGGUCGGCGGGGGGGAUAAUGAGGAUCCGGUCGGCGAGGAGGACGGAUAUGGAGCUUUUUGCAGUCACGCGCAAAGUGAGGAGAUCUACCAGGACCUCUGUAGUCUGCAUUUACCACCUCCUCCGUCAGUUGCGCAGAGUAGUGCCAUUUCUGGAGGAGAGAAGAGAGAUUACGUGAUCCAGGAGCUUGUGGAGACUGAGCGAAAUUACACAGAAGUUCUCAGUAGUCUCCUUCGACAUUUCGCCCGGCCUCUGUCGUCGUUACUCCGGCCCGAAGAUUCCGCCCGCAUCUUCUUCGGUAUCAAGGAGCUCUCGGAGAUCCAUGUGGGCUUCCACAGUCAGCUACGCAAGGCGCGAGACAGCACCGCGCUCGCCCAAGUCUUCCUCGACUGGCGGGAGAAGUUCCUCAUUUACGGCGAUUACUGCGCAAAUCUUACCCUAGCACAAAAUACUCUGCAGGAAGUCUGCGCGCGUAACGAAGUAAUCAAUCAAGAAGUUAUCAGGUGCCAACAAGAAGCUAACAAUGGUAAAUUUAAGCUGCGCGAUAUACUGUCUGUUCCGAUGCAAAGGGUGCUCAAGUAUCACUUGCUAUUGGAUAAGUUGGUAGAGGAAACUCCUCGCGAGUGGCUAGAGGACUGCUAUGCGUUGGCGAAAGCGAGGGAAGUGAUGGUUGAUGUCGCUCAGUACAUAAAUGAAGUAAAACGCGAUUCCGACACGCUGGACAUCAUAAAGGACAUCCAGGCAUCGAUAAUUGACUGGGAUGUCCCUGAAGAUGCGCAGCUGAAGGAUUUCGGCCGAUUACUUCGUGACGGCGAGCUCAAGGUGAAAGCCCAUGGCGAUCAGCGAAUAAAGGCCCGUUAUGCAUUCAUAUUCGAGCAAGUGGUGUUGAUUUGCAAAGCCGGCAGAGGAGACCAAUACUGUUACCGGGAAACUCUACGAUUAGAUGACUACAGACUGGAAGAUCACAUAAGUCGGCGAACUUUGGGGAGAGAUUCACGUUGGUCCUAUCAGUGGCUACUUGUACAUAAGCAGGCGUACACAGCAUACACUUUAUACGCGAGAACGGAGGAGCAGAAGCAGAUGUGGAUAAAGGCAUUGCAGGAUGCGAUGGAUAAUGUUAAUCCCGCAGCCUGUCGAAAUACCAAUCAUAAAUUCAAGUUAACGACAUUUGACAUUCCUAGGAGCUGUCAACGAUGUGGAAAAUUCCUUAAGGGUCGCAUAUUUCAGGGCUACAAAUGCGAGAUAUGUCGCCUUGCCGUGCACAAACAAUGCAUUGCGCACUCCGGUCGUUGUAUGCCCACGCCGCCGUCGUCGACACCGCCACCGCCGCUACCCUGCGAACGCGCGCUCACCGCGAAACUGUGGUUCGUCGGGGAGAUGGGCAGGGAUGCAGCUACCAACAAACUGGAAUCCCGCGAAGAUGGCACCUACAUGCUGCGCGUUCGUCCAGCUGGACAGCCACGCCUCAAACAUGAAACCAAUUACGCUCUUAGUAUCAAGGCCGAAGGAGCGGUAAAACAUAUCCGAGUGUUCAAACGCUAUAUGGACGGGGCGGAUCUGUAUUAUCUCAGCGAAUCUCGAUUUUUCAAGAGUGUCGUUGAAUUGGUCGAAUACUACGAGCGGGAAUCGCUCGCGGAAAAUUUUGAGAAAUUGGAUCAGCGUCUACUGUGGCCGUAUCGACGUGUCCUGGCCAAGGCAUUGUUCGAUUUUCGGGGCUCCGAUCGCACUCAACUGAGCCUGCGACGCGGUUGUCGAGUCGUGGUGCUGAGCAAGGAAGGUGAUGCCACGGGAUGGUGGAAGGGUAAAAUAGGCGACCAAGUAGGAUUCUUUCCAAAAGAGUAUGUGGAGGAGGAGUAGGACUAUUAAAGAGACGAAUUGUUAUUACAUCGUUGCAUAUAAUAUAUCGGAUUUCGAAAGUUUCCGGUUAGAUGCCUUUUGAUAAUUGAUUAUUGUACAAUUGUGACAAAGUAUCGAUACGAUUCUUUUUACGAAACUGCAUGCUUCUUGUAAAUAAAUUUUUAUGUUUUUUAAAUUAAACGAAUUGGUGAAAAUUUAUGAAAUAUUUUUGUAGGAGAUAGGUAUAACAUUAUUCGAGACAUUUUUUGAGAUCGUGUGACGUUUGUAAUAGAAAUUUUACACUUAGGAAGAGACGUCUGAAUUUUCUGAUAGUGUAAGGUCUAAUUAAUACCUUACAGCAUGAAUAUUAUAUACAGCUGAGGAUAAAAUGUAAAAUAUUACAAUACACAAAGUUAGGUAUACAAAAUUAGGAAUGAUUUAAAUGAUAUAAAUCUUCUUUAAUAACUUUUUUUUUUAAUGGAGAUAUAAAACCGACAUUUUAUACGCAACGACCUAAUUUGUUGACCUUUCGAUGGCCGAUAAACACCGUAGUAAUGAUCUUACGGUGCAAUCAUGAUAAUUCUAUCGACGCAUACCUCAGUAGGAAAAAAAGAUAAAAAGACGACUUUAUUGACGAGGCAUUUUUGCGUUAUUAUUAAAAAAAUACAUAGGUAAAUGUAUGCACAAUUUGCGCGUCGCGUGCGCAACUUUGAUGCUACUGUUCUUUUGUGUUUAACGAGAUCCGAGCGCGUCACAUCGAUGUAUGUCGCUACACUUAGACAAAUAUUUUUAGCCACGUGUAUAGAAUUAUAACGUUAAUAACUGCGUACAUAUAUAUAUAUAUUUUUUUUUAUUGCGACGUGGCAUUCCUGAUUAUCGUUAGGCGAUAAUAUCAUAAAGACUAAAGUUGUUUGUCCGAAAAUGCAUAUGAUUUACGCAUGAAUCUAAGAAAAUGUGUGCAAAAUGUUCGUGAAAAGAUGGGAACUUGAUUAUUUUCUUCAAGAAUUAGAGAUUUUUUUCUUAAAGAAAAUAAAAGGAGAAGAAAUAUUAUACCAAAGAAUUGAAAUUAACGUCUUUAUAGAUGCAUAAUUCUUCACUUCUCAACUUUAACAAGAAGUGAAUUUUUCGCCUAAAAGAUGUGUCUGCUAAUACCCGAUCCCUUUUUUAAUUUUUUAUGGACAUACUGUAUAAUGGCUAUCUAUAUCUUGCCAACAACUUUCUUCUUUAUGAUUAAAUUUCAGAGUCAAUUGCCAGAUAUUAAUUGUAUGUACAUAAUCCUAUCCGUACAAUUAAUAAGAAUAUUUCUAGUUAUAUUUGAAUUGCGAACAAAUUCAUGCACACAAAUUGUAUACAGGGUGUUCGGUAAUUGAAGAAUAAAGAGAGCAAUUUCUCAUGUAAUUAAAAUGAAAUAAGAUCAAGUCUGCAACGUAUAUUUGUAUAAAUUAUACUCGUUUCGCGUUGUUAAUUAAUUAUAUCUCAAGGAUUCAUUAUUUGUUUUGCAAAUGUUCCAAUGUUAUAAUUCUCUAUGAUAUCUAUACAUUUUUCUAUUAAUUAUUGAUGUGUAAUAAUUGACUUUUAUAAUAUUGUAUAUUUAGAUAAAAUGUAAUUAUAUGUAAGUUUCUGAUUAUUGCUUGGAGUAACAAGUUACAAGUCCACGAAAGACAAGCUGCCUAACAAUAUUAAUUUAUUGUAAGCUCAAUUAGUGCCAAUCAAAACUCUGUCCAAGUGGGUAGAAUAGUAACAUAUUUAGAUACUAAGUUCAAAAACCCAAGAAAGCAGUCUACAACAAAUCUUAUUAGCAGCCUGUAAAAUUUGCUCUGAUAUACUGUUAUUCCAAGCAACAAAAUUUAUUGUAGAAAAUUUAUUCGAGAAAGUUGAGAAAUUAUUCUCUUUUUACUAGAUUAUAUUACUGGUUAUCGAGCAACCAUAUAUAAAUACAAAAAUAUAUAUAUAUAUAAUAAAUAUAUAUAUUUAUCUCUCGUAUAUAUUUUUUAUUGUAAGUACGAAAAAAUUAAUUUUACUAUUUUUUUAAUUGUUAGACAUAUUUUUCUGAGUGUGCCAAUAAGAAAUUCUAUCAAUAAAGGAUCUUAUCAAGAUGUUAUACAAA